AUGUUGUCUGAUUUCAUUGUGGGAGAAGAUUGUUGCUCGGGGUUGAAGGAGCUAGGGUCUUUGUCCUAUCUUCGAGGGACACUCUCCAUUUCAAAAUUGGAGAACGUGAUUGUGCCAGAGGAUGCAAGGGGCUUGAAUUUAAGUGAUAAGCGGAACCUUGAUGGGUUGUCAUUGGGAUGGAGUGAACACAUUGAUGACUCAAAGGACAGAACAAGUGAAAAGGAGUUUCUUAACUUGCUGCAGCCUCACAAAGUUUUGAAAGAACUGACUAUCAGAUGCUAUGGGGGUACAGAAUUUCCGACAUGGUUAAACCGCCCUUCCCUUCCUAAUCUAGUGCUCUUGACUAUUGAAAAUUGUAAAAAGUGCACAUCAUUACCCCCAUUGGGGAAACUUCCAUCACUCAGAUUCCUUUCGAUCGCAGGUAUGGCUAGCGUGAAGAGUAUGGGUCCUGAAGUUUGUGGGGAUGGUUCGUCACAACCUUUUAAAUCCUUGGAGACUCUGAAUUUCAAGAAUAUGGUGGAGUGGGAGAACUGGAGUCCUUGUGAAGCAUUCUCAAACUUACGUGAGCUCUCUAUUAAAAAUUGUCCCAAGCUAUCGGGAAAUUUACCAAACCACUUUCCUUCACUUGAAAAUGUUGAGAUAGAUGGAUGUUGUCCGAAGUUAGUGGUCUCAGUUUCAAGCUUUCCAGAUCGAUGCAAAAUAAAAUUUGAGGGAUCAGAAGGGGUGGUGUGCGGAAGAGAAGUUGAUUUUAGCUCGCUGAAUUUGAAGCAUCUUUCAACAAUUUCAGAAUUUGAGUCUCAAAUGAAAGUAUUAAUUACAAUGGGUGGGCUCGCAAAUGUACAAAAUUUAGAGGUUUAUGGAUUCAAGGAACUGACACAUUUAUGGUCAAAUGUACAAAAAUUAGUGGUUCAAGGAUGCAUGGAACUGACGCAUUUGUGGUCAAAUGCGGUGGGAUCAUUUCCGCAUCUCCCAAGUCUUCGUUAUCUGGUGGUUUCUGGUUGUCCAAAACUAGUUUCGUUGGUAGCUAAAGGCCAGCUGCCUCCAACUCCAAAGGAACUACAUAUUCGGGAUUGCAAAAAUAUUCAGAUUUUGGUAGAGGAGGAGGAUGACACGGCCAACAGCUGCGGCAGCAACGGUGACAACACCAGAUCUCAUGAUCUUCAGGAUUUGUACAUAUAUAUCAUGUACAUUUGA